UCGAUCUCUAUCGGACCGACGCGGAAGUGGCGGAGAGUGAAUGUCAACAACAGAAAAAGAAAUACGAAGAAAAGGUACGAAAGCUGGCCUGUUUCCAUUCACGACACGCGAAGACGAAACUGUAGUUGAUGUGGUCGAUGGAUGAAGAAAAAUCUGGGCAAGAAGCUUUUGCCGCGAUGACAUCCGCUGCUGUGGAAAACUAACCGAUUUCUCUACGUUAUUUUUUACAAUGGAGCUGGACUCGCUUUUAAUUUGCUUCACACAAUAACAUUGUGGGUUUUUGUACGAAACAGCAUGGCUGCCUCUCGCAGCCUUCGCGUCUUCAGUAUUUUAUUUUUGGCAGCAGCCUGCAUCCUGGAGCGGGCCUCCAGCCUGAUGUAUUGUGGCAAAUCACCAAAAAUACAACAGGACAGGCAAGGAGAAAUUUAUAGCUCAAGCCUUCAUGGCCUUCUAAGGCCAGUUAACUGCAGUUGGACAAUUAUCUCGGAAGUGGGCGAGCGUGUCAUUCUCAGUUUUUCUCAAUUUACUGUGAAAUGUGACCGGGAAUGGGUAAUCGUGGCACCGCUUAAUGGCACACCCAUCUCACUCUGUGGUAACCAGCUGCCUAAGCCAAUCGAGUUGUAUGGAGGAAACAUCACAGUAACGCAUCACUACUACCCACACUUCUACUCUGUUGCAGGAUUUCGCCUGUCAUACAUUAAAGGCUCUGGUCCCUGUUACCCAGGUGAGUUUGAGUGCUACAGUGAACGCUGUCUUCCUGCAUCCUGGCAGUGUAACGGCCAAGUGGAAUGUCUCGGGCAAGGCGAUGAGCUUGGUUCUGAUGAAGAAGGCUGCGAUUUUGUCAACCUCCAACCUCACUCAGACCACAACCCCUCACCCCUCCCGAGUAAAACCCCCACCAGUGUAGCCAUGUACUCUGACAUAGAGAAGGGCCAUCUGCCACACAGAGAACCCAAUGUGCCACUUCUCUCUCAAGGAGGGCCAUGUGGAGGCUAUCUGCAGGCGUUUUAUGGCUCUUUCAUCCCACCUCUGCUGACAGGAAGCCAAAUGGAGUGUGUGUGGACAGUUGACCCCCAGGACCCACGGCCCCUUAAGCUGGAGCUGCAGCAGCUGGACUUGGGGUCAGCAGACACCCUUAUUAUCACUGACCAGCCAGACCGUGCCGGAAAUGUCAUUAAAAUUAUCACAUCUACAUCUAAUUUAAAAACGGUGGAGGUGGAGUCCAAGACUGGUCUGCUGUCUCUAACCUAUCGUGCACAAGCUGGCUCUGAGGGGCGGGGAUUCAAUGCUACUUAUCGAAUCGCUGACUACUGCCUGCCUUGGGAGGGUCUGUGUAAGGGGUCUGAGGGGGGCUGCUACACACAGAAGCAGAGGUGUGAUGGUCAUUGGGAUUGUCCAGAGACUGGUCGGGAUGAGGACGGGUGUGGAGGGUGCCCGGCUGGCCACUUCCCCUGUGGGCCAGUGCAGAGGGCAGGUCAUGUAAUUGGCCGGCCUUUGUGUUACAUCGCUACUGAGAGGUGCAACUACCAGCUGAGCUGUGCUGAUGGCAGCGAUGAGCGGGAAUGCACUGUCUGCCAACCAGGAACCUUCCACUGCGACAGCGACAGAUGCGUAUUUGAAAGUUGGCGCUGUGACGGACAAGUGGACUGUAAGGAUGGCACUGAUGAGAUGAAUUGCACCAUGACUCUGCCUCGAAAGGUCAUCACUGCUGCAACUGUGGGUAGUCUGGUGUGUGGACUGCUGCUGGUCAUUGCUAUGGGUUGCACCUGCAAGCUGUACUCACUUCGCACUCGUGAAUACAGUUUGUUUGCCCCAAUUAGCCGCCAAGAGGCAGAGUUUAUCCAGCAACAGGCCCCGCCUUCCUAUGGCCAGCUGAUUGCUCAGGGAAUAAUUCCUCCAGUAGACGACUUCCCCACUGAGAAUCCCAAUGAGCCCACCACUCUUUCUCUGAGAGGACUGCUUCAGCUCCUCAGACAGGACAAUAUCUCCUCCCCUCGGCGACGGCGCAGGCCGCGUUUUGUCCGCCGUGCAAUGCGUCGCUUGCGGCGGUGGGGCAUCAUUCCUAGGCCUGCAUCCAGGUCCACGCAGACCACAAGUUCUACUUCUCAACAGACAGAAGCUGCUCCUAAUAGCCAAGAGUCUAAUCAGUCAGGCUCUGGAGGCUCCUCCUUGGCCAGGGAAGUGGCAAAUCAGCCCUUGACUCAAAAAGUGCCCCCCCAACCGACAGAGCAGCAACAGCAAGCAGAGGCUCAGGCUGCGCCUCCCCCUCCUCCUCCUCCUCCUCCACCUCCACCUCCUCCCUCCAGCCAGCCUGCCGAUGCUUCAGAAACACCACACGCCAUUCCUGUUGCCAUUCCACCCAGCAGUCCCUCACUGGCCUCUCUCUUCCAUUCACUGGGGCUGAGUAUCUCUCUUUUCAGACCCUCAUCCUCCUCUACUGCUCGUCCUCUUUCGGCCUCCCCCUCCUUUUCCUCCUCUUCUUCAGAUGACGAGGUGCUGCUGAUCCCUCUAACUGAUGACACAAUCUCUGAGGAUGAUGUGCCCAUGCUGACCUGAGCUACCGCUGCUGCUUUCUCCAUUGCUCUGUUGCCUUUCUGGUUUUUGUUUCCUCUUGCAAACUUUUAGUUUUUCACCACUAAAUUAUGAUCUGGGCAGCACAUAAGCAGCAUCUUAGUUGUAGUCUGUGCUGUCAAGGUGCCUUAACUCAAAUGAGUUUCUUUGCCUGUCAUAAGAUUAUGGAGUAUUGAGACUUGAGUAUGUAUGUGGAUCUAUGUUUGUAUGUUGGAUGUGCACUUACUCAGAGAUUGUGUGAUGGAGGACAACUUUGCACAGAGAAUCUUCCCUAGCCUCUCUUAAUGAAAUUGUAUUGUCUUAGCCUUUGCUAAAUAUACUGCACCACAUAUGCAGUCUGGCAUCGUAGGUUUUAUUUUCAAUCGGAGCAUCAAAGAGUUCCUUUUACUUACAUCUCUGUAUGUAUAUGGUACUGUGCAAAACUUGGGAGACCAUUUCUCAUUCAUGUAAUUUCCAGUCAAUACGACCGUUAUAUAUUUUUUUAGAAAUAUUCCUGAGAAGCUUAAAUAUAAAAUAAUCCACUUGCAUAAGGAAUGGGAAAGUAUUGGGAAAAGAAGUAGAAAAACAGGAGUUUCAAAAAGUGGAGUUCAAAAAGUGAUUAAAAAAUGCUAAAACAUACUAAAACAGUCACCAUUAGAUAAGCAGUACUUAAGACUUUCGUCUAUGAGAGAUUCUUGUACUGUGAAAAGAUAUGUCAGUGCUAUGGGUCUGAAAGAAUGGGAAACUUUCAAGCUGAUACUGAGAAAAGAAAAUAGACAAAAAUUAGAAUAUUUGAAAUUCAAAGAAAGAUGUGGGUGUUCUCGUAGCAAUGGACUGACCACCUCAGAGUCCAGAACCCAGCAGUAUUGAAUUUGUUUGAGUAGAAAAUACAACCAACUACUGCGACUCAAUGUUGGAACCGAGGAAAAAAAAAAUCUGCAGAUGUCUUUGGAAAACUAAAAGCAAGUCUGCAGGAAAAAAUUAAAGUUGUAAUAAAGACAAAGGGUGGACCAAGUAAUUAAAAUGUAAUAAUAUAUUUAGCUGCUGAAGCUUCUGUGUAAAUUUAUUUUCCUGUUGUUGAAAAAUGAAUGACUAGCACUUGAAGGCCUUUUUGACUGGAAAGUAAGUAAAUGAGGUGAUCUCUGACUUUUCACAGUGCUGUAGGUGUGUAUGUACCUCAUACUGCUAUAUGUUUAGCUGUGUGUAUUCCUCAGAAGUGCCUUUGAAUGAGCUUCCUGUAGAUCACUAGACACGAUGUGACUGUAUGUACUUGCACAUAAAAACACGUGCACAAAAGUUUACACAUUGAUUUUUGUAUUCACCCUGGUUGUGUCUACGGUAGUGCAUGGCAAUUGUGGCAAUAAUUUUGAAGUGUGUAAGAUUGUGUGGGCACCUGUUAGAGUGUGUGUAUGUUUGUGCGUGAAUGCAGUCACUCAGACAAUCCCUCUUGGUGCCUGAGGCAAUUGUAUGCACCACCAAGCCGAACAACAUCACGGUUGCUCUGAUGAUACCUUUUCAUUUAGAUUCAGCUUUUGGCUCAGUGGUCAAUGAAUGAAACAUAUUAGUGCCAUAAAUAUGAUCAUAUGAUCUCGUCUGCUCUUAUGGAUAACUUCUGUUUCCUCUGUCAAUAUUGUUUUAUUACUGAAUGUAUUUUUCGAAAUGCCUAGUAAUGUGUUUCUGGUCAGUGUUGAUUGCAAUAGAAAGCUUUGGUUUGGAAAGGAAACUUAAGUGAUUUUAUUAGGACGUUUCACUGUAUAUAUGCUAAAGGAACUAGAAAAUUCACAAUGAAUAAAUGAUUUGCACUUUUA